GAGGAAGUAGGAGAAGAUACUUUGGGUCUUUAGCAUUAUUGUAUGUAUGAUCAACCAUGAACACUGCCGACUGCUUUUCUCGUCAAGAUUGAAGAGAUAUGGUGGUUGCAAUAGCAUCGGUCGCCGCGCGAGCGGGAGCAAUAGGGCAAGCAGCAGCCUCAUCUGCUUCUAGAAGCGCGUUCCUCUCCUUCGAUCGCCGCCGCAAAUGGCCUCCUAGGGUUUCUUCAUUCUCCUCCUCGUCCUCUUCUUCUUCUCCGAGAAAGCUGAUAAUGUACUCAAAGCCAGGCUGCUGUUUGUGUGACGGCCUGAAAGAGAAGAUCCAUGCAGCUAUCUCCCUCUCCGAAUCCGCUUUUGAUUUAGAGGUGAGAGAUAUCACGACUAACUCCCAGUGGGAGAAGGCUUACCAAUUUGAGAUUCCUGUAUUGGCUAAACUCCGCCCUGAUGGCACCGAGGAAGUUCUUCCCAGGUUAUCUCCUCGGCUUGGAGUUGAGCUUAUUUUAAAGAAGAUAACAGCAGCGUUGGGUGAAUAAGUGUUUUUCUUCCACUUAAAUGUAUCUAAGGAGUUCAAUUGCCAGAAGAAACUGCGAGGACUUGAACGAAGGCACAUGGGAGAUUUGUUCAUAGUGCACUUGUAAAACAGAAAAUUACUCACGAGUGACGCAGGUUUUGUUGAAAUAACUCUCAGGUUCCCAUAUUUUUAAGAAGACAACAGAGACCAUUAUAUUUUGUUGUA